GUUCAAGCUGUGUCAAAUAAAAAAAGUGUUUUUAUUUAAAGGAUUCGGAGUCUAAAACUGAUUUCCAGGAAUAAUACGCACCCUAUUUUCCCCAGGAAAUAUAAGAUCAUUAACAUUUGUUUGAGUUCCACAUUCAAGUUGCCAAUGUUUGUUUCUCGAGGGCACAAUAUGUCAAAAAUGUUCACUUUGUCAGAAUGAUAAUCCCACAAAAGUGAUGUAAAGAGUUUGGAACCGACGUGUUGACUUUAGAUAACACAUCAUCCCACAGGAGUGCGCCUUUUUUCUUUCCUUUUUGGAGCUGUGGUGAAGGUGCGAGCUCCGGGCAGCCAGCGCCUCUGUUUGUUUACUUUCUGGCUGGAUGGUUGGGGUUGUGGUGGAGGCGGCGGCGGCGGGAGCGGCGGCAGCAGCGGCGGGGGCUAUACGGUGAUGAUGACUGAAAGCUCGCGCCCGUCCAACGGGGAUCGGAUCAGUGUCACUCCAUUGUCCUGUUGUGGCAGAGUGGGCGGAUAGCAGUGUCUCUCCCUGCCCAAUGGCAGGCACGACUCUCACGAGAGUGAAGAGAGGCACUUUUCUGCCAUGCAGAAUCCCUAAAACCAGCAUCAUUCCGGGCUCCGAAAUCCCAGUCAGUGAGCAACAGCCUCCGCUGCCGAGAGAUGACAGAGCCCGCUCCGGCGCACACGCGGCCCUGGGAGCUUGGAGCUGCAUAGAACCACCUCACCGGAGUUUUUUUUAAAAUUCCCCCCUUUUUUAUUGGAUUUGCUUCGAAAGGGACUUAAAUCGAGCAUUAAGGGAUUCAUUUUUCCAUCCUGUCCGCGCGGUCUCCACUUGGUCUGAUUGUUGCCAUUUGCUUCAUGUCAUCAUGAUCAUCUUCUCGUCGCGCAGUGUACUGCUGUCAGUCUACUACCCGCAGAUCUUCCUGAUCCUGACGAGCGGCAGCUACCUGGCCCUGUCCUCGGUGGUGGCUCUGGGUGCCAACAUCAUCUGCAACAAGAUUCCUGGGCUGGCUCCUCGGCAGAGGGCCAUCUGCCAGAGCCGCCCGGACGCCAUUAUUGUUGUGGGCGAAGGGGCCCAAAUGGGCAUCAAUGAAUGUCAAUACCAGUUCCGAUAUGGACGCUGGAACUGCUCGGCGCUCGGGGAGAGGACUGUCUUUGGUCAGGAGCUGCGAGUAGGCAGUCGGGAAGCAGCAUUUACCUACGCCAUCACUGCAGCAGGGGUGGCCCACGCCAUCACAGCUGCCUGCAGUCAGGGCAACCUGAGCCAGUGUGGCUGCGACCGCGAGAAGCAGGGCUACUACAAUCAGGAAGAAGGCUGGAAGUGGGGGGGCUGCUCAGCUGACAUCAAGUAUGGCAUUGAGUUCUCCCGCCGCUUUGUGGAUGCCCGGGAGAUUAAAAAGACCCCUCGCCGGCUGAUGAACCUGCAUAACAAUGAGGCUGGCAGAAAGGUUUUAGAAGAAAGGAUGAAACUGGAAUGCAAAUGUCACGGUGUUUCCGGCUCCUGCACCACUAAGACAUGCUGGACUACACUUCCAAAGUUCCGGGAGAUUGGCUACAUACUCAAGGAAAAGUACAACGAAGCUGUUCACGUGGAGGUGGUCCGGGCUAGCCGGCUGCGCCAGCCCACCCACCUCAAGGUAAAGCAGACUCAGGGUUAUCGGAAGCCCAUGGAAACAGACCUUGUUUACAUUGAGAGGUCACCCAACUACUGCGAGGAGGAUGCAGCCACGGGGAGCGUGGGCACCCAGGGACGCCUGUGCAACCGCACCUCACCACAUACAGACGGCUGUGACCUCAUGUGCUGUGGUCGGGGCUACAACACGCACCAGUACACCAAAGUGUGGCAGUGCAACUGUAAGUUCCAGUGGUGCUGCUUCGUCAAAUGCAACACUUGCAGUGAGAGGACGGAGGUGUUUACCUGCAAAUAAGGACUUGAGGAACUCCCGCAUGGAAUGAGGAAGACCCGACAGAGUGAGAUAUCCGUGUGGAGGAAACUAAACGAAUGGAUUUUACACUCGUCAUGGCAUCGAUUUGCACAGCAGAAUUAUUGACUUUUGAAAAAUAAUAUACGUAGGUAAUAGCCCAGAACUUUACUGUCACAUAGAGAUUAUGCUCAUGUACUGAUUGGGACUACCUAAGACGAAUGAGGUCCUCUGUGGACAACUGUGCAUUGCAUUGUGGGAUUUCUGCUUGCUCAGCUCAUCGCUGACUUGCAUGGAGCUCAGAGGAGCACAGGAGAUUGACAGCAGCUGUUGUGAGGUAACCAACAGAGAUGUGUCAACUAUGAUUACAAAGAGAAAAAAAUGUAUGAAAUUAACCAUAUUUUCACUAAAGGGGGGGAUGACAUGGACUCUAAAUCCACUUUGUUAGAGGUCUGUAGAAACUGGGAACCCUUUGUAAGUACAGCGCAUGGUGUCGCGCCAAAUUAUGAGUGGAGAACUCUGUGCAGCCCUCUGCUGCCAACUGGAAAAUGGUGGAGUUUGUUAGUUUUCCAGUAACACUGGAACUGUCUGUUCUGAACACUGAAAAUAAAUUGUCUAUUUAUGUUAUAGUAUCUUAAACAAAGCACUAACGGGUAGAGAUGUCUUUUUUUGUACUAAAUGUAAAGAAAAAUAUUUUUUUGAAAUUCUGACUGAAGCUUUGUGUCUAUUCGAAAGUGACCCUACAUUCCUUAAAACACUUUUUAUUUUUCUAUUUAAAAGAAAAUGACAAAAGGUUUCAUUGCCACUGAUAUGUUUACAACAAAAGAUAUUAUAAUUGUGUAAUACACAUUUAAACACUUUAGUUGAUUUUAGCGGUCUGUGUUUCUUUUUUUAGAGCAGCUUUUUCCGUUAGGAUGGCUCUAGAACAAAUGAUCUAUAUAUAUAUUUUAUUAUAUAAUAUAUCAUAUUAGUUAUUGUGCAGAAAAUUUACAUUCAAUUGGAAAAGUCCUUUCUGUAGUUUCUCUAGUAUAACUUCGGGACUUACUAAACUUACAAUUGAUAAAGUUUAUUUAAUUGAUUGCUGCAAGAUCUUGUAAGGGAUGGAAAAAUAAAAAAUUGCAUUUAGAGUUAGCCUUUUUAGCCUAAAUAAGGUCUGAUCAUUUACAUUUUAAAAAUUGUAAUAGUUUAAACUACAGUACAAAUUAUUAGGAUUACAAUAAAAAAUAAAAUAAAUUAAUACAUUUAUGAGAAUAAAGUUGUAAAAUUAUGUAAAUAAAGUUGUAAUUUUACAAGAAUGAAGUAAAUUUCUGAGAAAAAAGUCGCAAUUCUACAAGGCAAAAGUCCUAAAUUUAUGAGAAAAAGGUCAAUUUUCUGAGAAUUGAGUAAUCAAUUUGAGAAAAAAAGUUGUAAUUUUAUGAGAAUAUAGUCCUAAAUUUACGAGAAAUUUGUUUAUAAUUUUACAAGAAAUAUUCCCUUAAAAUGAUUUUAAAAAAAGUUCAUAGUUUUACCAGGAAAAAGCUGUGGUCUUUUGAAAAUGUUGGUUGUGUAAACCUUCAUUCACAUUAGGUGCUGACUAAAUCCAUCAAUGCAUCCAUUUAUGGUGAUGCCACAAGGCUUUGGUAGAUCAUAGGCAUCUGUGUGCUAUAAUGCAUUUGGACCUCAGCAACUAUACUGUUGACAGACGUACACAGCUCACCUGCUGGAAAUCCACUGCUUGUGGGUCAAGAUAAAUUUUUCUGCAGAGGCCCCAAUGGAAAUUAUAACUUUAUAAUUGUACAAAUAUUACAACUUUAUUCUCAUAAUCUUGCAACUUUAUUUUCCUAAAUUUAUUUAUUUUAUGGUGGUCCUGAUGGAUUGUAGCAGAGCAUUGCUUCUGACAACAAAAAGAUAAAGUCUCCAUCUUUGUUUCCUUAGCAGCUAUCAGGUGAAGGUGUUGUAUGGGGCUCCACAUCCAUCUCUUUCUCAUCUUGUUUUCAGUCUCUUUAAAAAAAUCUGUGCAUGCGUUUGAAUAUUUUAAAACUGUCAAAAACCUUUGCAAAUUUUUGGACUGUGGGAGACAAUAAAUGUUAAAUAAAGAGAUCCCAUUUGAUAUUUGCA